AUGAGGAUUGUGAGAAAACUGUGUAUCUUAGUAACGGCUGUUUGUUACUUGGAUCACAAGACACUUGUAUUGUGUGAUGGUGUCAAACGAAUAGGUAUUACAUACACAAAUGCAAAAGAAUUUAAAAGUGAACUGAGUAACUUUCAAUAUAUUUUUUUAAACGAAAGUGACGAUAACAAUUAUGUAGACAGUUCUGAUGUAGGAGAUUUGGACAUAGGUGACAAUAUAUAUUUUUAUAAAAGUUUCACUAAAGUGAUCAAUUAUUUUAAAUAUAGAAUUCCAACAAAUAUUAAUUUCAUAUUUGAACAUAAUGAUGGGGAUUUGGUUUUGUUAAAAAAUAAUAAAAAGGGAACCAUUUGUAAAAUCAAUAAUUUAUUUUACAGUGAAUCAGGAAUAAAAUAUUUAGAUAAAAAAAAUAAUCACUAUGUGAAGAAUGAACCAUUUACUAUAAAAAAAAUUAGUAAGUACAGUUUCGAUGAUGACGAUGAUAAUGAUGAUGAUGAUAAUAAUUAUGAUGGAUAUGGUGGCAGUGAUGGAUCUGGUAUCCACGGUGGUUUAUUUGAUGCAGAAGGAAAUUAUAAUCAAUUUAGUGGAGGUGGAGGCAUAAAGUAUAAUACAGGUAGGAAUGAUAACGAUGAUUAUAAUGACUAUGAUGAUUACAAUUUUGUAAAGAGAGCUACGAUAUGUGAUACUAGGAUCAUGGAUGGUAAUAUCACAGAGAAUGGUGAAAAAUUCAUGCCUCAAAAAUUUCUGUGUUAUCCAUCAAGGAGAAGCAGAAAUGAAUUGAAAGCAGUUUUUUUAAAAAAUGAGGAAUACAAUAAAUACUUCGAAUUAAGUUUAUCCUAUAUGAAGAAAGAGAAUAAUAUAUUGUUAAAAAAAAUAGCAAGUUAUUUUAACAGUUUGGUAAAAUUAGAAUUUGAGAGUAUAAAUAUAGCAUAUUACAUUUAUAACAAAACAAUUGUAUGUAACUUUAAAUAUUAUAUGAAUGAUAUAUUUAAAAAGGAAAGUAAAAAUAAUGAACUGGAAGAUAGAUAUUUAAAAUAUAAUGAUAGCCAAGUAACUUCGAAUAAUAAUUUUUUAUAUAAUACUAUACCUCAAUAUAAAUAUCAGCUAGGAGAUAAUAACAUUUUAUGGAAACAUUCCAAUAAAGAUUUGAUAAAGAAGAGUUAUAAAAAAUGUCAUACAGUGUUUUUUAAUGAAAAUGAAUUUAACAAUUGUUACAGAAAUGGAAAUUAUGUAUAUGAGAUGUCUUUUUAUAAAGACACAACAAUUAAGCAUUUAAAAAAAUCACAAAUUAAAAAUAUAUCUUCUCUUGGUAGGUAUAUCAUUAUGUAUUAUCACAAUAAUGACUAUGUAACUAUUUUGAAAGAUUUCUCCACUUAUGUUUAUUUUACUGUGAAGAACAUUUUAGAUAUUAUAUUAUUUGAAGAUCAGGAAAAUGAACUUGGGUUCUAUUACAUUUCUUUUGAUAAGAGUAAACAGUUAGUACACCUUUUCAGAUGUGAUCUAAAUUCAUACAAAAUAAAUUGCAGACAAAUUUCUUUCAUUCCUUAUGAAAGCAUAGUACAUGAUAUUGAACCUGUGGCAUAUAUGUCAACCAUUCAAAAUCAUGAUAUUCCCAUCAUUUUUAUAAGUACAAAAACGAAAUUGUGGAAAGUAUAUAAAGAUAAGGAUGGAUAUUACAAUAGAAAAAUAAUUGAUUAUGUCAAAAAUCCAAGUGAAGAAUAUAUAGGACACAUUAAUUGUUACAUUGUUCAGUCUAAGUAUGAACGUAAACUACUUUAUAAAUAUUUAAAAAAUGUAACAAAUAUGGAGGAAAAUAUCGUUGCAUGUUCAUACUUCAAGCACUUUGUCAAUUCUGAAAACUCUCUUUUUAUCAGUUUUAUUGAAAAUAGUCACUUCAUUCAGCGAACCUACCACGUGAUACGAGACAAAAAUAUCAUUAUUUCCAGCGGGAAUAUCAAGUUGACAAUUGAGAUAAAUGAACUGUUAGACAUAUUUAUGCUUUUCUUCAUAAUCAUGUGCAUCAUUCUCAGCGUUUACAUUAUAGUACGCCUCUUGUUCACGAACAAAUCGAAAGUGGGGAAAAUGAAGCAUCACUUCUUCGAUGAUACUAAGAAUAGCUGCCCGUCCACUGUUGAUCAAUGA